AUGUCGCCCGAUGCAAAGGACAAGGAGCAAGUCAAGAGCAGGAAACCUGCUGACACGGCGUUCAAACAACAGCGCCUGAAGGCAUGGCAGCCUAUCCUGACACCCAAAUCCGUCCUGCCUGCAUUUAUCAUCAUCGGCAUCCUGUUUGCCCCCCUCGGCGGUCUCCUUCUCUGGGCUAGCGACACUGUGGCAGAGAUCGUGAUCGACUAUACAAACUGCGACAAGGCUGGAACCAACUAUGUCCAAGUCCCCUCCGACCUCUACACGUCCAACUUCCCUAGCUCAUCCGGCGACGGGAACCCACCCGAGUUCAAGGCCAUCCCAGCGGUUGGAGCAUCCAAUAACGCGACCUGGCCGACGACGAGAUGCACGAUCAAGUUUGAUGUCCCUGUGACGAUGAAGCACCCCGUGUUUAUGUACUAUCGCCUCACGGAUUUCUACCAGAACCAUCGGAGGUACAUCAAGUCGCUGGAUCUGAAGCAGCUUUCGGGCGAGUUUAGGACAGCGAUGGAUCUGAGGGGCGGUGGGUGUGAGCCCAUGGCGACUGUUACUGAGGGCGAGAUUCGAUUCCCGAUCUACCCCUGCGGACUCAUCGCCAAUUCCAUGUUCAACGAUACACUGGAUAUCACACUGAACCCAUUCAACACAACUGGCCUCAAGCCCUACAAUAUGACCGACAAGGGCAUCGCAUGGACAGUUGACCAAACCAAAUACCUCUUCAUACAACACCCAGACCUCUCCCAAAUCCGCCCUCCACCCAACUGGGAAAAGAAAUACCCCAACGGAUACACGGCUUCGAACCCACCCUUGGACAUUAGUAAAGAUGAGCAUUUCCAGGUCUGGAUGCGAGCUUCGGGUCUGCCGAAUUUUCGAAAGAUGUUUGCCAAGAACGAGCAUGAGGAUCUUGCUGCCGGGACUUAUACCAUCGACAUUGAUAUGAACUACAAUGUAUCAACGUACGGCGGUACAAAGUCAAUCGUCCUUUCCACAGUAUCCUUCAUGGGCGGGCGAAACCCCUUCCUCGGAAUCGCAUUCGUCGUCGUAGGAGUCCUGUGCGUCUUCCUAGGACUCUUGUUCACAGCCCGACAUCUCUACAAGCCACGUCGAUUGGGUGAUCAUACUUACUUGUCCUGGAACCAAAACCAGAAUCCUCGAAACCAAUUGAAUGAUACGGAUGCGAUAGGGGCUGGGUCGGAGACGGAGCCGGAGGAUUUACCGACUGCUACUGCUUCUGGCGCCAGUGCUCGGUAUUGA